AUGAAGGAGAACCUGCCCCUCCCAACGCCGCCUCCCACCUUCGCCCGGAGGAAGAUCCGGAUCCUAGAGCAGUUAGCCCGCCCGGAUGAUGAGUACACGGAUGCUUCGCCAAAGGGAUCUGUGGACGCGGGGAUUCGCGAGUUGAUUGGUGAAGUUAAUGGGACGGAUGGCAAGAAGGCUGUUGCUGAGGAGGAUGGGGGAGAAGGAGAUGGUGUCGAUGAUGCUGAGAAAACCGAGGUUAGGAAACUUGCGGGUAUAGGCGGGAAGGGAGGUGGGGGUGCGUGGUUAUUUGUCUCGCAUGAUCCGGUUCCGUUGGGACAGGGCAAAGGGGAAGAUGUGGAGGAGAUGUUGGGGUUGAGGAGUAGUCCUGAGGAGGGAGAUGAGGCUGGGGAAAUACUGGCGGAUGAUUCUGUUCGGGAUGUCGCUGCUGCGAGGCUUGUUCACUUCAAGUUCGAGCCUAUGAUUCUCCACGUCUUGACCGCUUCGCCGGAGCACGCCCAGCUACUCCUCCGGUGUGGUCUACAGGCCGGGUUCAGGGAGAGCGGUGCCGUGAGUCUGACCCCGGCUGCCGGGCGGGGAACAUCCGAAGGCACCGAUAAGUUACACCGUGCCGUGUCGCCGGCUUAUCUACGGACGCUUAUCCGUAUAGCUAACGAGCGGUUCAUCGAGAAUACGAAGAGGAUCAAUAGGUUCCGGACGGCUCUUGCGGAGGCGACUAAGCCGGUGGGCGAGAGCGGGUGGGAAGACGCGCAGGUCCGGGGAGAGAAAGAAAGCGGAGGGUCUGAGGAGGAGAGAAGAGCUACGGAAGCAAAAACAUGA